AUAGAAACGACGUCUGCCAGCCAUCGAUGAAACUAGCUUGUGGUCGUGGGCUGAUUCGUUCCGAGUAGGCCUAUUAAACUUUCACCUCGAGAAAGUUGAGUAUGCCACAUCUGUGGCUAAGACCAAACUAUAAGGACAGCUAUGAUAAAAACAAAAAUGUGAUGAACAUAUAGUGGCUGCUAAAAAAAACCUGAGUUACACAUACAAAUAGCUGCCACUGUAUCUAAAGUCGGAUACACAGAUGAAUUCUCCAGAAAUCUAACAAUGGGUGUAUAAAAAUGAAAAUAGCAGAACAAGAGUGUAAGGCAGAUCCAUGCAGUUUCACCUGACCCAUGGGUCAGCUGUCCAGCUGACAGAAGGGCAGACAGUAGCUUCCAGGAAACUUGAUACAUUCUGUGAUGGCAUUGUCUUCUCUGACCAGCCUGUCAGGGUCAACCAGAAGGUUUGUGUUGAACUGGGCUGUACUACAGCUUGGAGUGGUGCCAUCAGGGUGGGGCUCACCUCGGUCAACCCUGCCCAGCUGACCGCCAGCAAGCUUCCAAGGUUUGCAUACCCCGACCUCACCCAAACAGAGGGCUACUGGGUCAGGGUUAUCAAUGAGACCUUAACUAGCCCUGGUUGCCGUUUGAUGUUCUAUACCAAUCCACAAGGUCAGCUCCAGCUGUUUGUUAAUGGUCAGCAUAAGGGGACGCUGCUUGCUGGACUGCCUGUGCACCAGAGUUUAUGGCUCCUGCUGGACAUCUAUGGCAACACAACCUCGGCUAGACUUGUACAGCCUGAUGAUGUCCCUCAUGAAAUUAUGGCCAGGGGUGUGCAGGCAGUACAGGCCUAUGAGCACGCAUGUGCUGCAGGUACACAACCUGUCCAUCGCACCCGGCUGAUGCUGGUUGGUCAGGAGAGGGUGGGGAAGACAAGUCUCAAGAGGGCACUGACUGGACAAAGCCACAACGUAGAGGAAGAAAGUACAGAUGGGAUAGACUUGUCAGCCUCCUGCUCUUUCCACCUCAACAACCACAGUGCUUGGCAGCUUGCUAUCAAAGGUGAUGAGACAGUACGCAGAGAGAACAUACAGGACUCUGUUGAUCUAGAUCUUCUAGAUGGCACUGAUGGUGUGGAUGAUGAAUACAGUAAAGCAAUAGCUGCCAACAUAGCACAAGAACUUCUAGCUCUGAGGAUAAAAGAUGGGGAGGCACAGGCACUCAUCAAAGACAGUCUUAUCAAAAAGGACGUGCCAGCAGCCUCAUCCUUCUCAGCAUUGGAUGCCCUGAACAAGGACAUAGUUCUAGUGUCAGAAGCUGCCCAACACACCAGCACACAUGAAGGGAUCCCUGACAAAAUUGUUUCUUUGGUCCAGGAGAUCAUUGAGGACAAAGAGAAGGGUCAAGGUCACAAGAGCUUACAUUCAAAAAGUCCAAAGGUCACAUUAAAUAUCUGGGAUUUUGCUGGACAUUCUGUAUAUUACACUACCCACCAGGUCUUUCUCACCUCCCGUGCUGUCUAUUGCAUUGUGUUCAAUCUGUGUGAUGACGUCAACAAGAAAUCCAUCAACAACAAUGACAAGAUGCGUCCCAUGAGCACCCUGGAGUACAUGGACUUCUGGAUGAGAUCCAUUCAUGCACAUGCAGCAGAGAACACCAGGAACAAGCUGGACAACACUGCCCUCUCACCCCCUGUCUUUAUUGUAGGCACUCACAGGGACAGUCUACAUCCUGACCCCAUUCUUAGACUCCAAAUGGUUGAAGAGAAAUUUUCCCAGAUUCAAGAAUUUUUAGUGGGCAAGCCUUACAGCCAGCAUAUAGUGCUGCCAUUCUAUGCAGUAGAGAACAACACAGAAUCUGGGGAGGAUGAUCAGGUGUGUCAGUUGCGAGAAGACAUAGAGCACAUCUGCAGCAGACAGGCCUACAUAGGGGAGCAGAUGCCAAUCAAGUGGCUGAGGUUUGAACAAGAGAUCACCACACAGGCAGACCACAGCAUACACUUUGCUUCUUACAACCAGGUGUUUGAGAUAGCUGUAAACCACAAGAUUGACCAGCCCAGUGAAGUCCAGGCACUGCUCAACUUUUACCAUGACCUGGGAACUUUGAUUUACUAUGGGACACAUGUGACCACAGAUUAUGUCCUCAGUAACACAGUUGUACUCAACCCCCAGUGGCUUAUCAACAUGUUCAAGCAGAUUACUGCAACCCACCCUCCUAAAGAGAAGUGGAACUUGAUGGCUGACAAAUGGAAUCUGUUGGUAAACUAUGGUGUUCUAGAGGACAGUCUGUUGUCCAGCAUUUGGCCAGAAGCAACUGACCAUCAUGUGUUUCUGCUGGGGUUGAUGUCCAAGUUUGAUUUGAUUUGUCCCAGAUUGCCUCCAUCUGGUCAGAGCUACUACAUCAGCAGGAGCUGGUACGUCCCCAUGAGGUUCAGCCAGUGCCCAGACAAGAGACUUGUGUAUGCUCAAACUGCUUUUGAUGCCAGCUUUUACAUUGACUUUGAUGGCUUUUUGCCAGAGGGUUUGUUUCACCGCAUUCAAGCAAGGGCUAUCCAGUGGUCACAGGAGCAUGGGGGACGGGAUCUCUACCUGGCUCAGGGUAUAGCUCGUCUAUUUGUUGACCCUGACCAUGACCUUCUCAUUGAGAUGUGCCCCCCACACCUGCACAGGAUAAAGAUCCUUGUGAUGCACGUAAAAGAGAAAGAAGCAACAUCCUCUAAACGCCAGACUAGCCCAGCUCCCCAUGUGGUCGCCAUGGUCCACCACAUGCUAGAGAGCUGUUUAGCAGACCUGCGUGUCCUAUGGAUGAAGCGCCUCUCCUACAAGCUGUGUUUCCCCUGCCCCUGUGUCAGGAUCUGUAACCUUCACCAAGCUGAGGCCUGCACAGCUGACGAUUGUUUACAUUUUCUAGAUUUAAAUGAAUGUCUGGCAAACCAGAUAGUUUGUUGUGGACAUCGAAGAAUAAAAACAGAGUCUUUCAAGAAAUGGUUUCCAGUAUUAAAGUCAAAUGAAUUCAAAGAACCAAUUCUAGCCCCAUUGUCAAUAGAAGCUGGGCAUGGCAACAUUGAGCGCCAUUUUCCCAGCCUGCCUAGCUGGUUGAAGGGAGCUGCCAAAUUGUUGAAUGGAGCUUCAGAUAACCAAGGAUGGCUGGCUCUAGCUCGUCUUAUGGGCUACAAGCCAAACCGUAUUGACCUACUUAAUGAGGACCUGAACCCCUCUCUGGCCCUGCUGACCGACUGGAUCGUCACAUCAGGAAACACCACCAUGUCUGUUGAUGUUCUCAUGCAUUAUUUGCAGCAGCUGGGCUGCCAUGAUGUUAUAGAGGUCAUCACACGGGCCAAAGAGUAUGAGUUUGAAAGACCUCAGGUGUUCCUGAGCUACCAGUGGGAUGUACAGGAUGAGGUGGCAUCAAUCAGGAAUUAUUUAGAAAGAUCUGGAUACUCCUGCUGGAUGGACAUUGGUCAGAUGGGUGGAGGAGAUGAACUCUCCAACAAAAUAGACCAAGGCCUUCGAGGCUGUAAAGUGGUGAUUGCCUGUAUCACACCCAAGUACAUUGCCUCCCAGCUGUGUAACAGGGAGCUGUGGCUGGCUGACAUGUUACAUAAGCCAAUCAUCCCUGUGCUCAUGGAGAACGUCUGCUGGCCACCACCUGGGGGCAUGGCUGUCAUCCUCUCACGGCUAGUUUACAUCAGCAUGAAAGGUGUUGGAGGACAUGGUGGGACUGGGGUCCACGCUGACCUUAUGGACAAAUACACGGAGAUUGUGCAGAGAGUUUCCCUGUAUGCCAGUCCAGACCUGAGCCCCUGUGUUGAUGCUACUGUGGUGGCUGAGCCCCAGCAAACAGAGCGCAUGUCUGACAGACUCUCUGACUACAGGACCAGCAUGAGCACGCUGAGUGAGGUGGACUACCACCGACAGACCAGCCACUACGAGCCCUCACUGGACGUCAUGCUGUCUCGCUAUAGUGACAGCCACGAGGCUGUACCCCCCAUCCAGACCAGCAGCACCCACCGGGGGCCCCAGCAAGCCAGAAACCCUGUAACACAGGUCCAUGUCAAGCAGUGUUCUGUCUGUCUCAUCUUAUAGCUUGUUGAUCAUUUAGAUUUUUAUGUAAAUAUUGUACACAUGUUGAUUUGCCUGUUUUGUUAUAUGAUUGGACAUGUUUCUGCUCAGAGGUUUAAUACCACUCACUCUAUUUGUGAUAAACACCAUGCUACAUGCUUGCAACCUGCAAAGCCAAAAUUGUGACAACUUACAAUGCCAUAUGGUGAUAGUCUUCGUAGACUGGUGGUGACACCCUCCAUGGACAGGUGGUGACACCCUCCAUGGACAAGUGGUGACACACUCCAUGGACAGGUGGUGACAUCCAGGAGGUUGUCAAACAAUCUUAGAAGGUAGCACCAGAUGCUUGCAUGUAGAUUGACUAUGCAGAGAUCUUAAAUUGUAAAUAAUUGUUUCAGGCCAGUUUGACUGUAAAUGGCUAUAUAAAGUCAAAUGUACAUAUGUCAAAUGUGAAUCUAACACACAUUAUUUCUUUCCCAUUGCUUUAUAGCUGAUAUUAAAACAUUUACAUUAUACUUAAAUCAUCCCAUUUAAAUUGUCUGCUCUCUCAAUCAUCAGACUAAGAUUGUCUGCUCUCUCAAUCAUCAGACUAACAUUUGUCUGCACUCUCAAUCAUCAGACUAACAUUUGUCUGCUCUCUCAAUCAUCAGACUAAGAUUGUCUGCUCUCUCAAUCAUCAGACUAAGAUUGUCUGCUCUCUCUCAAUCAUCAGACUAACAUUUGUCUGCACUCUCAAUCAUCAGACUAACAUUUGUCUGCACUCUCAAUCAUCAGACUAACAUUUGUCUGCUCUCUCAAUCAUCAGACUAAGAUUGUCUGCUCUCUCAAUCAUCAGACUAAGAUUGUCUGAUUUCUCAGUCAGCAGACUAACAUUUGUCUGCUCCCUCAAUCAUCAGGCUAAGAUUGUCUGCUCUCUCAAUCAUCAGGCUAAGAUUGUCUGCUCUCUCAAUCAUAUACAGCCUAAGAUUGUUUGCUCAGAGUUUUCCGUCCAUGUAAAUGUACUUUGAACAAAUGAAUGAAUCCACAGAUUCUCUCUAUUUGUAUGCUCAUUCUUUCAUUGAUAGUUUGAUGUAGCUAAUCUAUAGAACGUGCAACAAAGUUCCCUCACAGCUGCCCUGCACAGUAGCUGUAAACCUUCAGUCAUUUUGUAGAACACAAUCUUUGAUAAGGUGUACCAAUACCAUGGAGCCACACAGUAUCUGUAAACCUUCAGUCAUUUUGUAGAACACAAUCUUUGAUAAGGUGUACCAAUGCCAGGCAGCCACACAGUAUCUGUAAACCUUCAGUCAUUUUGUAGAACACAAUCUUUGAUAAGGUGUACCAAUGCCAGGCAGCCACACAGUAGCUGUAAACCUUCAGUCAUUUUAUAGAACACAAUCUUUGAUAAGGUGUACCAAUGCGCAGCAUGCACAACUUAUUUUGCUACUCCUUAGAGGGAAUGUUGCUUGU